AUGCCGUCCUUCCUCGCCGGGCAGGACCCGCCGCUGCUGCUUGUGUCAGGAGUCCGUCACGACACAUCGACGCCCCAUUACCCACAGUCUAACGGCCAUGCCGAGUCUGCAGUGAAGGCCGUGAAGCACUUCAUCCAGAAGGUGGCACCGUCUGGCAAUAUAGACUGUGAGGCGUUCGACAGGGGUCUCCUGGAGCUUCGGAACACCCCCAACCAGACGGGUCGCUCUCCAGCUCAAGUCCUAAACGGUGGCAGGCCAGGGACGAGUUGCGACCGUCGAGCUGCUGCCCGUCUCCGUGAUGCCACAAGUCGCUACGACGCUCACGCUCGGCCUCUUCCACCCCUGCAGCGAGGUGACGUGGUUCGGAUCCAGGACCCGACUACGCAGCGGUGGGACAAGGUUGGCACCAUCAUGGGCGUUGGCAGGUCACGGGAUUACCUGCUCAAGAUGCCCAGUGGCCGAGUGUGGUGGAGGAACAGGCGCUUCCUCCGCCCUGGUCCACCCCUAAACGCUUCUUCUACGAUGGAGGACGCCACUGCUCCCUUGGCGGCACCUGAUACGGUGGUGCCCCGCAGGUCGCCACGACUCCAGGAGAAGGCGUCCGCAGCUGCAGUCGCUCGAGUCCCUGUGGACUUCUGA